CUUCUCUUCAUCCAACAUCCACCACAGCGAGCAUCACACAGCGAUCAUCACUCUUCUCCACUGCUUCAUCACCACGUCAAGCCACCUCAGACACUGUCAGCCCUCCGUCAAGAUGAUGGCCAAGGUCACCCAGAUCACGCUCGUCCUCGCUGUCACUGCCCUCCUUGCCUCUGGAUUGCCGGCUUCUCCCGUCACGCAGAUCCUCGACGGCCAGAUCCAGGCCCCCCCAGGAGUCCCCGUCAACAUCAUCCCAGAUGGACAGCCGCAGGCUCAGCUUCCUUCCGCGAUCCCCAAAGCGCACUUAGUCGUGACAUCCAGUGCUACACCUACACCAACCCGAUCUGUGACCAAAAAGAGUUCGCGUAUCCCUGGUGGCAGCACCCCUACCCAGACAUCCACGGGCCCAGAGUGAUCGAAUUGGAUGGCAGCUGGAAUGGCAGCUUCGAGUGCAUGACAGUGUGAAC